GGAGAGAAAGAAAAAGAGAGAAAGCCGGUGAAGAGCAAGAGGGAGGGAGCUAGAGGUAGCGAGGCUGGACUAGCGCUCAAACACUGCAGUCUUUCUUCUGCUUCUCUGAGGAACAGUCCUCCUUUCCCGCCGCCAGACUCACCUUCCUUCGCUCCUUCUUCUUUUCCUGGUUUGCACUGACUCUGAUGGACAUCUCGGUCUCCUAUCCCACUUGAAGAAGAGGAUAGAUUGCUUUAGAGGAGGAGUGGGAGACCAGAAGAGGCAGCACCACACUUUGGCUCACUGAUGAGUCUGGAAAUUAAUUAUCUGCUGCUGCCACAGAGGAGGAGAGAACAGAAAGUGGACAGAGUUGAGGAAUAAGAGUUGAAGAGGGGUGACUUGAUGUGUGGAGGACAAGCUGAGUAACCUCUAGAGGCAAAGAGGACAAGUUAGCCAGGAUGCGUGAAGCAAGAAGAAAAUUAGACAAAUCAGCAUUUCCACACGGAUACUGAUACAACAGUUGCAUCAAAAGUUUCAUUCAUCCUUUCAGCCUUCUCCCUUAUCCUCUCAUCCGUGACAGCAUGCUCUCAUCUCGCUGUCUAUUUUAGUCCUCUAAUUCUGCAUGUCAGCAGAAGCACAUCACCGGCCGCAGCCACAUGCUGAACUCUCAGAUGCACCUGCGACCACAGAGGUGCAGCAUUCUCAGCGGACGUGUUUCUUGGAAGUUUAUCAUCUGGUGGCCAGGAGCUCUUAUUUAGGAACUCCUGGUGAGACCGGGUAGGAUCGUUUUUGUCGACGCUGAGCAACUGGAAAGAUAGAGCUUUCUGAUUGGAUUGUAAUGAGAUGAAACUGCAAACCAGCUUAUCUGAGGGAGCAUGACACCUGUGUUUGAGGGAUUACACAAAGGGAAGCAGGAAUGGGAAGAAGAGUGUGUGUCUGGUGUCCUAAACCCACAGAAAAUAAUGACACUUUAGGAGCGGAGUCAGUAACUGAGACCAACUAACCAGAGGGGCAUUAUCACCAAAAGACGAGGGGUUGUAAUAACUUUCGUAGACGAACUGAGAUUGGAAGCAUCAUUGAAUUUCCUCGGUGGAGUACGUCAAAAACUCUGAACCGACAGAGUGGCCAUCCAAGACUUCCUGAAGUUGUUAAGCUCCCAUAAUGAGACGCUCAAGCACAGACGAGACUCCGUACCGACGCAGUCCAUCUUUGGACAGCAAACCCGACACACCGCCCUUCACGUCUGGGUUUCACCGCUUCAGUGGCGAGUUUGAGUACAAGCGGCCGCCGUUUGCGUUCGGCUUCCACACCACAAAGGGGCCACAGAACUCCAAGGGGCGCUACAACCAGGGAAAGAAGUAUGUGGUGUUUUACCUGGACCUCUCCUUCAUAUUCCUUCUAGAACUGCGACGCUGCAGGAUGGCUGAGGGUUGCAUGAUGGCCCUGCGAUAUGGAAUGGUCUUCUUCAAUCUCCUCUUCUGGUUGGGAGGAUGUGGCAUUCUAGGGGUCGGGAUUUGGCUCUCAGUGACCCAGGGAAACUUUGCCACUCUGUCAUCAUCCCUGCCUUCGCUGUCAGCAGCCAACCUGCUCAUCACCGUGGGGACGAUCAUCAUGGUGAUUGGCUGUCUGGGCUGUGUGGGAGCUGUCAAAGAAAGCCGUCCUCUGCUGCUGACGUUUUUCAUCCUCCUCUUGCUCAUUUUCUUCCUGGAAAUUCUGUGCAUCAUGCUUUUCUUCAUCUACCAAGAUGAGAUUGAUCAGCAUGCACAGAGGGAUCUGAAGAAAGGCCUGCAGCUUUUCGGCACCGAAGGCAACGUGGGUCUGACCAACGCCUGGAUGAUAGUGCAAACUGAUUUUCGUUGCUGUGGAGUGACCAACCACACAGACUGGUUCGAGGUCUACAAUGCCUCACGCGUGCCAGACUCCUGCUGUCUGGAGUACAGCGACAACUGUGGAUUGGACAAUCCGGGGACGUGGUGGACUGCGCCAUGCUAUGAGCGGGUUAAGGACUGGCUCAGUGAGAACCUGGUGGCACUUUGGAUCUUCGCUCUAUGCACAGCACUGACUCAGAUCCUGGGUCUCGUCUUCUCUAUGACAAUGUUCUGCCAGGCGGUGAAAGUGGAAACAUUCUACGCCUAGCCACCGACCCUUCUGCCCUUCAGCGCUCUUGGAUUGUUUUCUCAUUAGAGAUGGACAUGUAUAGAUUCCCUCCUCUUCCUCCUCCUCCUCCUCCUCCUCGCCACCCUUCUGCAUUGACAGACUCUUCUUUCCAAGGCUUGUCCUCCCUGCAACAUUUGAUCUCAGAUGUCGCCUUAGUUUUUCAGCUAACCAUCAGCCAAGCGAAACAUCAGUGUUAUUUCUCAGUUUUGCUCUGUGUUAAUAGCUUUUUUCUGUGAUACAUUUUCCAAAACAGUAUUAUAAACAUCUAUAAAAAAAAACAACUGUGUAAUCCUGCUUUUAAUAAGAAUUUUCUUUUAAAUUAUUUCAAAGUUUAUAAGUGUUUUCAGUGUGGGAGCUCCGGUGAAGAAAAGUGCACUGUGUGACGGUCUGGAAGUGCAUGUCUCCUGCAAUGAUGUGUAUUAAAUGUUUUGGCCUGACAAACCACAA